CGCAGCAGCAGCAGCAACAGAAAAUCACAAUAACAAUGCGAUAAGCGUGUGCGCGGUGUGUGUUAAUGUGUUCGUUCGUGUGUGUGUGUGAGUGUUGUGAAAGAGAGUGAGUGCAACGAGAAUAAGAGAAAUGCCACAGCAAGUGAGUGAAAUCGAACGGAACGCGGACAUCAACGACAAUCUCCGGCGGCCGCCAAGGAAUGGUGAAGAAGGGGGAUCGCAUAUCUAUGAGAAUCUCCCCUCACCCGCCACACCACAGCAGCCACUGGGCCUCCCGUUGCCCGAACUCCGCAAAUACUUUCCCCGCGAAGCCAUCUAUGAGAAUCUCUGCCGUGGCUGCGGCUAUGGCGUCUUUGGCGCCCAAGGUCACUACUGCCAUUUCUGUCAGUGUAUUGUGAGCGGCGGUGUGCCACCAUCCAUUCUUCCCGCCCCACCAUCGCCCAGCGAGGGGAAUAUCUACGAGAACAUCUGCGAUCUCUGUCGGGGGAUCUACAGCGAUGAGGGGGAGUGCCACUGCCAGGCGGAAAUUUCCACCACGCCCACUGCCACUCCGGAGCCAAAGACAAAGCCACCCACACCGCCCACAACGGUGGUGAAGAGCAAAUCGAGGACUCUGCUCAAUUACUCGAAGUCGAGUGCUGCGACCUUGACCCGUCUCUUUGGCUCACUCAAGCAGCUGAAUCGGUCCGGGUCGCUGCAGAGGAAGAUCUUCCAAAGAGAGCCGAGAACGGGUCCGGGCUCCCUGGAGAUCAUCCACAAUGUGGGAGAGGUGUUUCGCACUCAGGAGACCUUCGACAUGCAGCGAAUCUGCGAGCUGAAGAGCCAGCUGCAGAGCAGCCAGAGCGAUCAGCAUAUCUACGGGCGGGUACGCGAGCCGGACAGAGAGGCGGCGGCGGCAGCGGCAGCGGCGGCGGCGACGCUUGCGCAGGAGAAGGAGCAGCGCAAGAAGCCGCGCGUGUCACGCAUUCGCCUGCUCCAGGCGGAGGAGGAGGAGGCAUCGCUGUUUCUCAACGAGAGCAUCUGUGACUGGAUGGCCACGUUGCGGCAUCAGGUGCACAACUACGAGGACGGGGAGGGCAUGUGCCAGCAGCCAAAGAGUGUGCCGCCCUCCUACGAGCGGGAGAGAGAGCGUGAGCGAGAGAUGGAAGCGGAAAAGGUGACCCUGAGAAGGGUAGGUAAAAAGCAGAGCGGACUCACCAAAGCUGUGCUCGAGCAGCGGCUCGUGGAUGACUUCAAGCGAAAGCUCAAGCUCAAGAGAGCGGAGUCCCCCCCGCCCACUGAACCACUCGUGCAGCAGCAGAGAGAGCAGGCAGCAGACAGCCUGGACCGGGAGGAGAUUAAGGAUCAGCGACGCUGCGGAAUCAAUGAGCAUCUGAAUGCUGAUUUUGUCAAUGAAUUUUUGAGUGGCCUAGAGGGAGAACCAGUACAAGAGAGCCGCCGCAGUCAGCUAAGAGAGCCCCUCCCGUUGUCGACGGUGAUGAUCCCAGCAUUAAACGGCCGGAUCUCGCUCUGGCAGCUUAUGCAGAGCGCAGCUUUGCAUGCCAGCCUGCAUGCAUGUGUGCGUGGCUUCAUAUGCUUCUAUGACAAAUCAUUGAGCCGCAUGCUCAGAGAGCAGAAGCAAGAGAGUCAGAUCAUUAAAAUUGAGCGCUGGCUGAGAGCGCAGCGGCGACGUGAGUCAGCUGCGCCGGCGUUGGCGGCUAAACGAACGGCUCCAAGGCGAACGCUUUCAUUUCUUCCCGCGACGCUGGCGAGUGACGACGUUAGUGGUGCUGCGAUGGUCGCUAGGCCUCCUCCUCCCCUCGCGACCGAAAACAGAAACAGACCCAGUGAUCCGCAAGAGAGUGAAGCGAGAGCGAGUGUGAGUGUGAGUGUCGGUGAGAGCGUAAGCGAGCAGCGAUCGGAAACCGUUCGUGAUAACCAAAACAAUAGCACAAACGCCGCGGACGUUGACAGCGACGUUGGCAGCGACAGCAACGGCAACGGCGACAGCGCUGUGAUGGCAGCGCCCAAGCCAUGCGGCGACACUGAGCAGCGGCUCAAUAACAACAGUAGCAGCAGCGACAAUGAGAGCAGCAGCGGGAGCAGCGGCAGCGGCAGCGGCAGAAAAGAGCACGGCAUUGCCAGAAAGCACCAGCAGCACCAACAAAUUACUCAGAAUUGUGUAAUCAAGGUGCGUCGUCCGGCUCCGAAAGUACCCGUAAGGAAUCCAAACACAACUCUGAGUAAUCCCCAAAAGGAGAGCAACAACAACAGCAGCCCGGUCGGGGACGGGGAGGGCAAACGUCUCUCCGAAGGAAGUUACGGGGAAGAAGAGUCCAUUUAUCAACCCAUUUGGCAGUUCAAGACCCUGGAGCCGCCUGUUGAAGAUCCUGAAAACGAAGAAGAGACUGCUGUUGGGGCGCCAGCGGCGGCCGUAGCUCCAGAACUUGCAGAAGUAGAUGACGAAGAAGACGACGAUGAUGACGAUGACGAUGAUGACGACGAUGGCGAAGAAGAGGAGGAGGAAGAGCUGGAGGUAGAGGAUGACUUCGAUGAUGACGCAGACGCUGAUGCCGAUGUGAUGGCUAUCCAGGCAGCAGCGGUCUUUGCAGCCGGAGUCCGAUACAAGCUCUCAACAUCGACGCUGACUAAGCGCUCAAAAAUGAUGCUGCCAACGCCACUGCCGUCGCCGACAGCAUCGAUGGACCAGGGCGCCUGGGAGACGGAUGGGGAGUUUAUGUUCUCGCGGGACACCAAAGAGGCUGUUGCUGGUGGAGCUGCGGUCCCCGAGGAGGAGAACACCCAGGAGGACGAGGAGGUGGACCCCGAAUACCAGCUGGAAAUGGAAGAUACCCUGGAGACGCUGAGUCUCGGGAGUACAGUCACGAAUAGCACGGCCACCAUGGGGUCCAUGAGCAGCACGGGCAGCGCCACGCCAUCACAAAAGGUUUCACUGGUGCAUCCAGUGCUGCGAAACAUUUGCAUAUUCCAUAGCAUACGGGAACCAAAGAAAUAUAGCGCCAUCUUCUAUGACUAUCAGCGCUCCCAAGUCCAUCAGCGAUUCAUGACACGCAUCCGACGACCAGCGCCACCGCCACCGGCACUGGCACCGCCAAUGUCAGCAGCAAGAGCAGUACCAAAAAUGCAGCAGCCAGCACCACAGAUGAUGCCACUGCCACUGCCAGUGCCGCUGCCAACCAUCAAUGAUGACAGCGGCUGCAGCUGUGACGCGACAGAGGACGGAGAGGUGGUUCAUUCUCAAUCGAAAUUCGUUGCCAUUCCGACACCCCUCAAAGAGGACUGGGCCCUGGCCUGCCUGGCCGCAGCGGCCGUCACCAAGCGAGGCGCUGGACCCCGUUCCGCUCGCAAGCUACGGGUCCGGUCCAAUGUCCGGCUCCUGCUUACGGAUUCGGUGCUGGCCUGGCGGGCGAGCCUUCAAGAUAUCAACUGUUGCGAGGACGAGGAAGAUAUGAUUGUGCCAGUGACUGAUAUAUUGCGGGCACAGCAGAUCCAGGAAGACAGCGAGGUGCAGCAGACCCAGCAGACGGUGAUAUUGCAGCGCUUCAAGAGCGCCUCCAUUGGGGAUCUGGUGGAUCUGCCCGGCGAGGAUGACAAGAAGUCCAUCAAAAAUCGCAUGCGCAUGAAAUUUGCCGUCAACAGCAAUGUGUUUCGCAUCAAUCGGUCGCCAAAGAGCGAGAAAAAGUCGCGCACACGACGCGGCCAGGUCAACAGCCUGUAUCUGGACGAACAGUCGAAGUAUCCGCUCUUUGGGGCACCUCUCAACGCCCUGGAGCUGAACAUGACCGAUCAUCCGAAUGUGCCGCGCUUUGUCGUCGACGUUUGUGCCUAUAUCGAGCGUCCGGACUGCGUCGAACAGGACGGCCUCUAUCGGGCGUCCGGCAACAAGGUGCUGGUCGAUGAGCUGAAGAAGAAACUGACGCACCUGUACGAUCCACGCUUCCUGCACACCGACGACAUCCAUACGCUGACCAGCCUGCACAAGCAGUUCUUUCGCGAGCUCUCGGCUCCUCUCAUCACCCAGGCGGCCUACGAGCGUCUGGGUCGCAGUCUGAGCGACGAGACGGCCAUCGAGCGGAUGCGUUUGGCCUUCGAUGAGAUGCCCGAACCGAAUCGAUCCACACUCAGAUUCCUCAUCAAGCAUUUGACCAGAGUGGCUGCUGCCAGCGCUUCGAAUCGCAUGCCCUCCACCAAUUUGGCCAUCGUUUGGGGCCCCUGCCUGCUCAGUGCCAAUCAGAUCCAGCUGGACAUCGGGCGCAUGAACAUGCUGGCCAAGGUGCUGAUCGAGAACUACGACCGGAUCUUCCAGCCGGACAACGAGCGUCUCGUCUGCUAGGACUGCCCUCCCUCCCCCCCAUCACAAAAUGUUGAAGUGCCUCAAGCAUCACACACAAACACAACCAUCACACACACACAUUUAUUGGCAGAGAUUUUCUGUGAGAUUUUCUCUGACUUUUCAACAGAUUUGGCAUAUAUUUUUGUUAAUUUUAAACCCUUUUUUUUAUGUGUCUGUCUAAGCUUUUGUUUCCAGCUUUAAUUCUAUGUUUUAUUAUUAUUACUAUUAUUAUUUUUUUUUUGCUAACUUUAAUACUUUUGUAAUACGCUAUUUAUUUGAUUCGUUGGAAAUGCAGCAGCGGCAAACACGAGCAGAAACCCAUCAAGAAAAUACUUACCAAAAAGACAGUAGACUAAGUUAAAGCUAAACCAUAAUAAAUACAUAUACUAUUAACGACGCGAAGCUCUGGCCGUGGCUAUGGCCAAUCCCAAAAUACAAAAACAUCCACGCGUUUUCUUUUUUGUUUGUUGACAAUAUCAUGAAGGAGAUGUGAUAUUCGGGAGCCCCCAUUUAGAUAUAUGCAUGUAUACUUAUAGGACAUACCAUACACCCAUACAUAGGAACAGAUACGACAACUAUAUCUUGCAGAUAGCCUAUCCAUAACAUUCUUUUUUGUAUAGCGCAGUGGAUGAAAGCCAAAAAUUGUAUGUUUUGCUAUCUCAAUAAAUAUGAAAAGAUGUA